GAAUCAGCACCCCCGAGGCUGGAGCAGAACGGCCGAGCCCGGAGAGCCCGUAGCCCCGCCCCCGCAGAGAACGAGAGGGAGAUGACCGGAGCCGCUGAGCGCGCGCGCGCGCGCCUCUAGGUCUCAGUGCCGUUAGCAGCGCGCGCCUGCUGCCCCGCCUGCUCACGAGCACAAUCAGAGUCACGUGCCCCGCGCCCUGCUGGUGGGGGGUGGCUGAGUCUCUCUGGGGCCGGCAGGGGGCGCUGUGGUAGGCGACACGGCGGCUGCGCCGGGCUCCGGGCGGCAGGUGCUGAUCGCGGGCGGUAGCAGCCCUGAGCGAUGGCCGGGGAGGACGGAGCCGCCGCCCCUGAGGCUGCGCAGCCCCCCGCGGACCCGAGCCCUGGCAGUGAUGGCGGCGGCUACGAUGGCAAGUGCGUCUUCUGCAGGAUCGGCCGUCGGGAGGAGCCGGGCACCGCGCUGCUGCCCUGCGAGUCUGAAGGCCUAGUCUGUUUUAGAGAUAUCAGACCUGGGGCCCCACACCAUUAUCUAGUAGUGCCAAUAGAGCAUAUGGGAAACUGCAAGACUCUAAAGAAAGAGCACAUACCACUAGUGGAGAAAAUGAUGGAAGCUGGAAAGAACAUCCUUCAGCAAAAUAAUUUUACUGACCUGAACGAUAUAAGGAUGGGAUUCCACUGGCCUCCAUUCUGCUCAAUAUCUCAUUUACAUCUUCAUGUCCUGGCCCCAGCCAGUCAGUUGGGAUUCUUGUCCAGGAUGAUAUACAGAAUCAAUUCCUAUUGGUUUAUCACGGCUGAACAGCUGAUUGAACGACUGCAGACUGAAAAUGCUGCCAGUUGAAAGCACCUUGCCUAGUUCUGGAUCACAAAUCAAUUUAG